UUUUGUGCCCUAAAGUCAAAACAAAAUGGCGUAGUGCACACUAGCACUGUCCUCUGUUCUAACGUUUGUAAAGUGGUGGUGAAAUGUAAAAUGAAGGAAAUGUAACUGCGUCCGUACUACUUGCACUACGGUAGCAUCCAGGGUGUACACAUGAUGAUGCGCAGAAUGGGGAGGUAGUAGUCGGCUGCAGUCAGUUGUGUGUUGAGUUCUGUUCUGUUCUAAUUUUCAAUUUUGGGGUAAUAGGGGAGAAUGAAAGAGGUCUUCCAACAAAGCGGACGAAAUGAUGAACGGCGCUCUAUAUAUUUCGUUCUUCCAAGGUCAGCUUGAAUCCGCAUUGGAGCAUGUCGUGCAACUUGCGGUCCAGGAAAUAACCAAAACCGUGGGGUCGAGCUUGAAUUCUAUGUUGCAGGAAACGACUACCAAGGACCAAGAAAACCAACGACUAAGGUUAAGGCUUCAGUCACGGCAGUCUGACGGCGUUGGAAAUGCCUCCGUAUCCAGCGGCAGUAAAAUGGAAGGGAACGCGGCAAACGAUGGGACAAAGAACCUGAUACACACCCCCAGCCUAAGCUCUGAGCACGCUGUGCACACAAACACGCACUGGCUGGAAGAGAAAGGACGAGCACUGGGCCAGUUAAAACUCGUGAUGGAGCAGGUCCUGAAGUUCGCGCUCGCCGAGCUGACGAAGAUCGUGGAGGACAGCUUCGACGACCUCCUGCAGGAGCUCCUGAAGAAGGAGAAGGAGAACCAGAGCCUGAGCGUCCGGGUGCAGAGCGAGGAGGAGGAGCGGGGCAAAGAGGAGAACCACACGGGCUCCCCCUCGCGGGGCUCCCGGGAGCGACCGGAGAGACCGGCGGGCUCCCCGCUGCGCGGAGCCGAGGCCCUCCUGGGGAAGAAGGCGGCUGAAACGCCGAACGUGGCGGAGAAGCAGACCGUCCUCUCCGUGACCCAGGACUGGGUGCCCAUCCUGGACAAGGUGUUUGGGCAGAAGUGGUGCCGCGACCUGUGGCAGGUGAAGGAGAUGGGCAUGGCGGGGGGCGACCUGACGUCCGUCAUGGCGGCGGGGGCCUUCCCGGAUUGCAUCAUCCAGGACGAGGAGGAGCUGCCCCUUGCGCCCUCCGGCCUGGCGGAGGCGGGGGAGAACGGCGGCACGCCACGGACGCCGCAGACGGGGGGGAGGCCGGCGGCCGCCUCCAGCGCCAGCGCUGCAGGGUCCCCCGGGUGCUCCUCCCCGGCAGCCGCAGAAGGUCAUCACCACGGAGACGACCUCCAGCUGCGCUCGCCGUCGAUGCUGCACAGACUGUUGACCCUGCCGGCGCAGGGCCUGGGGCAGAUGCUGUGCGGCGACUCCGGCAUGGACGUGCUCCCGUCGCCCGCCGCGGCCUCGCCGGGCCUGCCGGAGCCGCCGGCGGAGCCCCGGUCGCCCCUCACGGACCCGAGCGGGCCGGGCCCCGGGGGCGAGGCGGCGGGGGAGGAGGCGGUGCGGGAGGAGGAGCCAGAGGAGGAGGAGGAGGAGGACGAGGACGGGGCAGCCGCCGCUGCCCCGUCCCCCGCGGCGGGGGCCGAGCGGAGCAGCAGCCCCCCCCCGGGCAGGAAGACGCACCCGUGCCGGCGCUGCGGGAAGCGGUUCGGCCGGCUGCCCCUGCUGAAGGCGCACCAGCAGACGCACGCGGAACCCACGCCCUCCCGCUGCUCCCUGUGCGGCAAGCGCUUCGCCCAGGCCUCGCGGCUGCAGGCGCACCUGCGGACUCACGCCGGGAAGCACACCUGAGGGGACAGGUGGGGGUGGGGUGGUUGGGGGGGAGGGGUUAAAAAAAAAAAAAAAAAAAAAACGGGAAAAACAAAACGGAACCAAUCUAGACAGAUCUGCAAAAAAAAAGAAAAAGAAAAGCGAUUCGGGUGCUCGCUCUUUGUCCUGUAUGUGCGUUCCGCACCCAAGAAAGUGCGACGCAACCUGGUUGUGAAUUUAGGAGCCGAAAACAAAAAGCACGUCGACGUUCUCGAAUUACUGACCCUAACUUCCGAUUUCUGAAGUCAAUCCAGUCUGAAAAAUGGUACUUUUUAAAGGUCUGUUGCUAGGCGACUCAGCAGGCCUCUUGGAGAUUGAAGUUUCACUUCCUGUUUUUUUAUGGGCUGUUCUCCUCUGCCGGAACCAGAGAAACGUUGCCGCUCGGCGAGCAUGGGGACGAGGCCGAGCCGUACUGUAAAUAAAAGCAUGGGAUCAUGGAGCUGGACACAGCUUGGGAUGAACUCGCACUGUUUUUAAGUGUUGUCUAAAUGAAAUCAAAAUUUCCCAUGGACAAAAAAAAAAAACGUAUCAUGAUUUGAAACGAUUGUUAUUAUUUUCAAUUUUACUUUUUUUUCUCUCUCUGGUUGUUUGUUGAAAGCAACAUUUUAGUCCAUCUUGGAUUCAUUCAGAAUGGUUUACUGCCCCCCAAAAAAUUAUCGUUAUUACUAUUUAAAAAAUGGUUGAGUCUCAGCAGCUUAAAUAGUUACUUAAAUUGGAUUCCGACAUCCUAGACCUCGUAAAACGGCAAAGAGGAGGAGGAAGGCUCUUUUACUGAGCGAGCACUUGAAUUUGAAUUUGCGGUGGAACUCCUCCCACAGUCUGGUGAGCACUGCUGAGAUUGACGGGUGUCAUAAGGGCUUCAUUCUGUAGAUUGUGGGCGGAGAGAAAAGUGUGUGUGUGCGGCCCAUAAACAGCACUUCUGAAAUAACCAGCGUUGGGAUCGCCUGUACUGAAUAAAGGCUGAAGCAGUUUCCCUGUGACCCUCUCCUUCUGUGCUAUGAGCACAUAAUAAAAUGUGUGUCAUUUGAAAUGGUGCCUGUGUAAAAAUCUAGUCGUCCGUCGUGUUCGGCCUUAAAAAAGGGAUCUUUUAUACAUCUCAGCACUGUUGUACAUUACGAAGACCUUGCACCUGUGUAAUUACCUAAAACUCUGUAAGGGUUAUGCAAGUACACUUUGGGCUCUUUCCGAUCGCUUACUUUAGCUCCUUGCUUCCUUUCCUCGCUCCUUAGCUCCAACCAUCGGAGGACGCAAGGAUAGGGUGUUAAGGAAAGGACGCGAGGAAGGGAGGAAUGGAGGAGACGUGUAUUAGGCGAAUGGAACGUCCUUGAUCGGUCAGGCGUCAGUUUGAAUUUGAACGAAGUGUCGGUAACGGAUGUGGCAGGUGUGGAGAGGAUCAAUCCGCAGGUUUAUGGCAAGCCGUUUUAGCUUUAAUUCAUUUUUAGAGGAUAUCACAAAUUCAAUUCUAACUAGUUGGAAUGCAAAUUCUUGAUAUCAGAAAUUCAAUUGUAAUUAGUUAUAAUUCAAGCGUUUUCCCCAUUCAUUUCAAUGGGACCUUUCAUUUUUGAUAUCAAGAAUUAAAUUUUAACUAGUUAAAAUACAAUUCUUGAUAUCAAGAAUUCCUAUUUAAACUAGAUAUCAGUAAUUGAAUUUAUGAUAUCUGAAAUUAUCAUUUUAACUAGGUCAAAUUCCAACUUCCAUUGAAAUGAAUGAGAAAAAUGUUUUCAGUCUGACUAGUUAAAAUAGAAUUUCCUAUAUUAAGAAUUGGCAUUUUAACUGGUUGUUAAAAUUCAAUUUCCGAUAUCAAUAAUAUGCAUUUUAACUAUUUAAAAUCGAAUAUCUGAUAUCACAAAUACAUAUUAUAACUAGUCACAAUAGAAUGCAAAUUCUUGAUAUCAGAAAUUCAAACUAGUUAGAAUUUGAAUUUGCGAUAUCCUCUAGAAAUUAAUUAAAGCUAAAAUGGCUUGCCGUACAGGUCGACCGUUUAUGUGUCACGCGUUACGGUAAAACAAAACAAAAAGUUCUGCAAAAAACUCGCUCGCUUUUCCUCGCUCAAGAGUUUUUCAGGACCCUCCCAGCUCCUGGCUCCUUAGAGGAUCAUUUAACCUGUUAGAAUGUCCUUAAAGAUGGACAGGCCAGACCGGAUAAAAUAAGACAUUGGAUUGAGCCCAUUGUUACACAGUACCCUCAUCCUGUAGGGAAGUGAUAUGUGUUUAUGUUAUAUAUAGUAAUUACAUGUGUUGUUAUGAACGUCUUGACGCAAUAUGACAACAACCCCUGUGUAAUGCGUUGCGUAUACUUGGAUGAAGCUCACUUACAGCGAGCGCGUUGUAAUUAUACAGGUCCAAGGCAACAGCAAUGUAAAGUGUCAUUAUCCACGUGUUUGCCUAUUUAUUUUAAUUUUUAAUUUUUUUUUGUACAAAUGCUGGUGAGGACUGUAUAUGUCUGUGGCGAGAGGACGGCCGCUCUCUCACUUUGCUUUCCGUGUCAGUCGUGACCGUAGGACGACGCGCGCGUCAAAAGAGCCAUUUUCCCUCCGUUUUUACGUCAGUCAAGUCAAACGUGAUCCGCCUCCACUGACUCACUCAUCAUAGGAGCAUGCCUUCAUUGGUCUUGGUCAGCUAAAGUUUAACUGUGCUCAGUAUUUUUAAAAGGUGGCUGUUUGCGUACUUUUGUCUUGAGCGGCAAAGUUAGAUAAACCCUAGAAAAUAUUGAUAUGUUAUUGAUUUGGUAGUUUAAAUAUUAAUAUUGAUCUUUUUUUAUUAUAGUGGUUGUUUACUAUAGGUAUAAAACUGACUUUGUUUUUCGCAGGUUUUUGGCCUGUAAAGUGCAACGGAUUGCAGCUAGCGAUGGCUACAUGUUUACACAAUUAUUCAUCACCAUUCCUGUGUUACACGCUUAAAUUUGGCCUCUGGGCCAGGAUGCCGGACCACAACCCCCCUACUUCGCAGAAUAACAAACAACGGACUUUAAUGAGGCUUCCUUAUCAAUUCUUCCAUUCCUAAAGUUGUAGACUACCGGUUCCUUUCCAUCAAAAAAAAAAAAAAAAUCAAAUCCGAUGGUUUAAAAUUUAAGUUUGCAUGAGGAACCAAUCAAUCAGUUGUGACUCUUAGGUGUCACAUAUGCAAGGUUCCAGGAUUUCUUUUCAUAAAUACAACCAGAGAACAGCCCGUUCUUUCACUGAAGGCCACUGAAGCACAAUUUUUACUCUGAGAGAAAUAUAAUAAUUAGGCCUAAACUCUUGGCCAGUGUGCAUAUAAAUGUUGGUUUGGAUAUGCAAGGUGGGGAAAAAAAAGGCAACAGCAAUAAGCAAAAUUUAAAAACCUAAUGCUAGGAAAAAGAAAAUGCCCUUUUUUAUAUUUAAUUUAGGUUACUCAUUUCAUUUUUGUAUUUUUAUUUUUUAUUGUACUUUAGAAACACUUGUUCAAAAUUUGUAAUUAGACUGUAAACCAGGAGGUGCUGUUGGCGAGAAUAUUUGAAAACCUGAACUUUCAUAAUAUUUUUCUGUUUAUUUGUGGGUCCCCCCAGUGUAAAUAUUAGCGUCGAAUUAACAUAUAAAGUGGUGAAUAAUUAAUUCUGUGCUUAAUAGUUCAUCAUCCAGAAUGUAGAUUACACCAAAUGAUAAACGGGCCUAUAAAGGGGCUUUUCAUUUCAUGUUUGGGAACGUGGGGACGUUCCGACCUAUGUGAAUAAAGUUUUACAGGCUAUUCCACCAUAACGGUAAGACUGUCGAAGAAGCAUGAUGUUAUUUUACAUCACAUGUAAGAAUAUGAUACUGGUACUUAGUGUGACAUACCAAGGUAAAAAAAAUAAACAUCAAAAAUGA